AAUCUCAAUGGACAGGGACAUCAGGAGAACUAUAGAGAACAGAACGCAUCAAAUGGGGAGAUUGAAGAUCAAAUACCACCAGCAGUCACGGAAGAGGAAGUAGGGCUAGCUGUAAGAAGAACAAAGAAUGGCAAAGCGAAUGGUCCAGACGACACACGAAGUAAGUUCUGGAAAAUCUCUGGACAACCUGGAGCCACUUAG